UUGACUUAGAGAAGCAGAAGUAUCUAUGGCUGCUGUAUUUUAAGCCUUGGAUUGCCAUCUUACACUUGUCAUUUUUUAAAUCUACACUAAUACUGCUUGAUAUUUCUGUUAACUGCCUGGCUUUUGUUUUUAACCCUUGAUUUUUUUAAUCUAAUUUCCAUGUUUUAACACCACGUCCCUAGUUCCUGCUGGCAACUGCUGGCUCCUGUUAUACUUCUGAAUAAAGCUUAGGUCUUCUCUUGGGUCACUUUAUUUUCUGUAUUUAUUCGCUCCAUUCAUGACAGCUACAAUCUAGGACCUAUAACUCAUUCUUUCUCUCCUCACCUCCACAGGCUUGAGAACAUACUGUUCCUCCCUCCCUUUUCUGCCAUGGCCCCCACAUUAUAGCCUUUCUUUCAAGAGUCUCUGAGAUUGAUAUUCAGACAAGGCAUAAUGCCCUUGCCCUCCACAAGACUGUUUAGCCCUUAUGGCUCUGAUCGGUUAGUGCGGCUUGCAGCCAGGCUUCGGCCAGCAUUGUGUGAUACCGUGAUCACUGUAGAGGGCCAGGAGUUUCCUGCUCAUAGCCUGGUGCUAGCAGGUGUGAGCCAGCAGCUGGGGUGCAGAGGCCAGUGGGUUCUGGUAGAAGGCAUCAGCCAUUCCACCUUUGCCCAGCUUCUGAGCUUUGUUUAUGGGGAGAGUGUAGAGCUGCAGCCUGGAGAGCUGGGACCCCUUGAAGAGGCAGCCAGGGUCUUGGGGGUACAGGCCCUGGAAGAGGCCUGCAGGAGGGCUCGAAGAGACAAGAAUGAAGAACAACUGGAUCCAGAGGAGCCAAAAAAGGAACAUCAGGAAGAGCCAGAGGAACAUACAAUGGAUUCUGAGAGAGGACUGGGGCAACUUGGAAAGAAGCAAAACCCAGCUAAGGUUUUUAGACUCGGUGGGAGAGAACAGAAGUUGCACAAGCACAAGCCACCAAGAAAGAGCCCUGAGAUGACAGGGGCAAUACAGGAGGCUCAAGGGGAGAUGAGGUCAGAGGAGAAACCCAGGCAAGUUCCUGUUGGCCGCAGGGGAGCAGAUGGGAAACAAGUAGUGCUCAGAGUGACAGGGAGCCCAGGGAGCUCUCAGAGAAGUCUGCAGGAGUUCCCUAGUCCCCUUCCCCUACCAGGUCCCUUCCAAAACACAGUCAUCUCCAGACCCUGGUGGGCUGAGGCCCCUUGGCUGCGGGAAGGCCAGCCUUCCCUGUGGAGCAUCCUGCUGUGGCCGCCCAGAUAUGGCACUCCCUUCUCCCAUAACACCCCCAUCACUGGAGGCUGGCAGGAGGUCUGGCCUCAGAAUCAGAGGAUCUCAGUGACCCUGAACCACCCCAAAGGGCUUUGGAGUCAGAACCAGUUGGUCUCCUCCAGCCCUGCCCCAGGUUCCCUCCCCCAGGACAUUGUGCAGCUCAGCCCUGGGGAGAUGGAAGAGUCUGGACAGGGGCCCACCGGCCAACAGGCAACCUGUAUAGAUAAGGAGGGCACAGCAAGUGCCUCAUCUCACCAACACCCUACUCCACCCACUCCUGCUCGGUCUCGGCCCUAUUCUUGCUCUGUCUGUGGGAAGAGGUUUUCACUCAAGCAUCAGUUGGAGACGCACUACCGAGUCCACACAGGAGAGAAACCCUUCUCCUGUAGCCUGUGUCCUCAGCGCUCCCGGGACUUCUCCGCCAUGACCAAGCAUCUGAGGACGCAUGGGGCUGCUCCCUAUCGCUGCCCUCUGUGUAGGGUGGGAUGCCCCAGCCUGGCAUCUAUGCAGGCACACAUGCGCAGCCACUCGCCCAGCCAGCUCCCGCCAGGAUGGUCCAUUCGCUCCACUUUCCUCUACUCCUCCUCGAGGGAGUCCCGGGCUGUGACUUCGCUUGGUCCCUUCUCUUCCACCACCUGAACUUCUCUGGCCUCUGUCAAGAGUUCUGUGAGUGAAAUGCGAGCCACCUCGGCUUCUGAGCCGGAAUCGCUGCGGCAGCGGCCUAGCAAAAUUCGGUCGCAGAAGCAUCGCGGGACAGGCGCUGAGAGCCCUCUACCGGAUAGUCGAGUGGCAGAAGCUUGGGCCUGCCAUCCUCUGUGAGGCCGGGGCACUAAUGUUUGCUCCAGAGAUCAAUUGUAAAGGUUCUGUUGGUUACAUCACCAUAAUAAAGAAUUUCCGGUGCUAUCUGGUCAGCACAGGAAAAGAAAGGCGAA